AAGGGUCACCUCUUUUUAAAACCUUCUUCUAAUUUAACUUAAUAUAAGCAGGUUGUAUUGGGCUUAGAGGGUGUGUUGUAAAUUAUUUUAAUGACAUGACACCUUGCAUUGAUUGUUGGGGUAUAUCUACAUAAAUUCUCUACUGAUCUCCUUAGAAUUAGAAUUGGUUUUUUUUGUGUUUGUUUGUUUUGUGUUGUUUGUAAAACUAGUGUUAUUUUUGGGAAGAUUUUUUUUUACCUCCUUUGCAUGCAAUAAUCCUGAACUGUGUAAUUUUUUCAUGUUCAGUAAUGAUAUUGUCUAAUGUUUUUGUCUUCAACAUUACAUAUUUUAGACCUGACUGUAAACAUUUUUUGGAUGUUUGAAGAUUAAUUUUUUUUUUUACAAUUAUUAUUUCAAGCACACUGUUUUUUUUUUACUCAUUUACUUUUUAAUACAAAUAACAUUUAGACAGAAUCAUGAACUUUUAAACAAGAAAAAGAAAAUGUAAAAGAAUCUGGAUCUGUGUAUAAACAAUUUAUGCAUGAAAGGGUUUAAAAAGUUUAUAACUGUGGUCUCGACAUAAGACACUCUGACUUUCUUCAGUUUAGUGUUAAUUUUGUCAGCAAUAUUUUAAUCUAGUCUUAGUCCUGUGUCAAAUGUCCUUGGUUUUUAUCCUGUUUUUUAGUUGAGUAAAAAAGGGCCACACUGCAUUUGUGUGCUUCUGUGGGGAUGAAUCUUUGUAUUAUCUACAAACCCAGUGCUGGAAUGUGCACACCACAAUGUCAUGCCUGGUUUGAGUGUGUAUGUUGCACAAAUCAGUUAAACAGUUGUAUCUAUAAAUGCUAUCACUGAUUUUCAGAUCCACAUUAUGGCUCGGCGUGUUGCUGUGAUUGGAGGAGGAUGCUCUGGACUAACCUGCAUAAAGUGCUGCUUGGAUGAGGAUCUGGAGCCAGUGUGUUUUGAGAGCAGUGAUGACAUUGGAGGACUCUGGAGGUUUAAGGAGACACCAGAGGCUGAACGCUCCAGCAUGUACCGCUCACUGGUUGUAAAUACCUCAAAAGAGAUGAUGUGCUUUAGUGAUUUCCCCAUGCCAGCACACUAUCCAAACUACAUGCACCACUCCAUGUUCCUGAACUAUCUACGGCUGUAUGCUGAGCACUUUGACCUGCUCAAGUACAUUCACUUCCAGACAACAGUGCUCAGUGUGAGACAGAGGCAUGACUUCUCUCACACAGGACAGUGGGAGGUGGUAACUGAAAACAGAGAUGGACACAAAGAAACACAGGUGUUUGAUGGGGUGUUUGCGUGUUCGGGAAGCUUCACACACCCUGUUACACCCCUCUCAGCGUUUCCUGGAAUAGAAACGUUUCCAGGGAAGUGCUGCCAUAGUUGGGAAUAUAAGGAUCCACAUCCAUUCCAUGGGAAGAGGGUGGUGGUUAUUGGCAUUGGCAACUCUGGUGGAGACAUUGCUGUGGAGAUCAGUAGAGUGGCAGAAAGAACUUUUCUGAGCACGCGCGAUGGAGCAUGGAUUGUGAGCCGUUCAUCUACUAGAGGCCUGCCUUUGGACAUGCAACUUACACGUCUGAACAGCCUUCUGAUGCAAGUGCUUCCUCGAGCUCUGCUCAACUGGGCAUUAGAGAGAUUCUACAAUCAGAAAUUUAACCACAGGCUGUACGGACUUCAGCCCAGCCACAGCCAACCACCCAUUACAAAUGAUGACCUACCAGAACGCAUCCUUCAGGGGGCACUGCAGGUGAAACCAAACGUGCGAGAGUUCCGAGGCUCGACUGUUGUAUUUGAUGACGAGGCAGUUGAAGAUGGGAUAGAUGCAGUUGUCUUCUGUACAGGAUACAGGGCAAGCUUCCCAUACUUACUGUCUUCAAAGUACAAUGAUCCUGCGGGGGAAAUGAGCCUCUACAGAAGAGUCUUCCCUCUGUACAUAGAGCGCCCCACACUGGCCUUUUUGGGGUUACUCACUUCCUUUGGACCGCUAAUGCCUAUAAUGGAAAUGCAGGCACGAUGGGCCACCCGAGUCUUUGCAGGUUUAAACCAACUUCCUCCCCUAUCAAUUAUGCAUAAGAUCACUGAGAAAGACUGGAAGGCAAAUAUGAAAAGAUACUCUUGUCCAAAGAAAGCUGUUCACUUUGUGGACUAUAUCCCUUACUUGGAUUCCAUCGCACGGGAAAUCGGUGUGCAUCCCAACUGCUUGUGGCUGUUCCUGACCGAUCCUGGUUUGGGUUUGAGGGUUCUGUUCGGCCCCUGCACCCCAUACCAGUUUCGGCUGCGUGGGCCGGGUCAGUGGGACGGGGCUCGUCAGGCAAUCCUCACCCAGUGGGAGCGUGUAACCCAGCCAUUCAAGACACGCCCCAUUCCAGAGCACAAAACUUCUAGACUACGUUACUGGCUGAGUCUGGCAGGAGGGGUGAUGGUGAUUUUUGCUCUCAUUGAAUUGCAGAAGAGAAAUAAACCUUUCUUCAGUACCUGAUUACAUAUAGUAUGGCCUCCAUAGCAUAGUCUGCUUUAGAGUUUUGCAUUUAAAUAGAAUGAUUUCUUUUUUUUAAUCCAAAAUUUAAAUUUAUAUUCGUUCUUUGACAAAUUGAGGUUAAUAAUAAUCAUCAUCAUCAUCCUCAUAAUAGACUUUUUCUAUUUGAUAAUAACAAAAAGAUAAAUAUUUCUGUCACAUAUAUAAAAUGUAACAUUACUUAUAUUGCUUAUCUAAAUAUAAUAAAAUAUACAGUACCAGUCGAAAACACACUUAUUCAUGAAAGAUUAGUUUUUAUGUUUUAUUUUAAUUACAUCCACAUUUUAGAAUAAUGCUAAAACUGUAAAAUAACACAUAUGGAAUUAUAGGAUGAGGGAAAAGUGUUAAAUAUAUCAAAACUAGAUCUUUUUUUAAAAAAAAAAAAAACACCUUGAUAGAUUAUGAAACAAAUUUGUCAUUCUCUUUUUUUUCUUUUUUUUAUGCAAAUAAAGAUUUUUUAUGCAAAUAAAGAUUGAUACAUAAUACAAAUGCAUAAUACAUAGUGACAAAUACAUAAUAAGCGAGGCAAACAAACAUACAUAUCAACUGCCAACUUGACAUGUCUAUUAUGAUAACUCCUGUAUGUAAAUAUAUAUCUGUGUAUGUGUGGUGUGUGUAUGUAAGUGUAUCUGGGUGUGGGAGUGGAAGCAUAAAAUGAAAGGAACCUUUAUAAAUGUAUAAUAGACAUAAUAAUAAUAAUAAAAACUAAUAAUAAGAGUAAGAAGAAGAAACUAAUUUAAUCAGGAAUGAGGGUGGGUUGGAGGAUGAGGAAGAGGACAAAUAAUAAUAAUAGUAGUCUAAUAGUAGUGGUAGUAGCAGUAAUAACAAUAAUAAUAAUAAUAAUAAUAAUAAUAAUAAUAAUAAAUUAUUAUCAGACUGCCUCUGAUCCUUCUGUCAAUAUAGCAUAAGUUAGUCCCCCACCCAUGUCUCACCACAGCGGGCCAUCAAGGAGAUAUGCCGCGGGGCACGGGUCCCAUGGCCCAACCCCCAGGACACUCACCACCCCAGACCGCCACACACAUGCCACGCUUACCGUGUUUUGUUUGUUUGUUUGUUUUUAUGUGUUCAUUGUUAAACUCAUAGUAGAGUUGUGUGUCAACUAGUGUGUGAUGCAUUAAAAAAGCAAGGCGUGCAGUACAGAACCAGCCCAGUGCAAAGCCCAUGCCACUACACCCACGCCACACUUACCCUGUGUGUGUUUUUUUCCUUUCUGCCUUUUCUUUUUCUUUGCAUUCUUUGUUUAAGCUCUUAAUAGAUGUGUAUGUAUCUCAGCUAAUAUGUGAUGCAUUUAAAAAGCGAGCCAUGCAAUGCGGAACCAGCCAAAGGCAAGGAAUCCUGGGUGAAAGAGUGCAGGAAGAUGGCAGGAAGGCACAAGCCCAAGGCCCCAUGCCCCACACUACACCCACCCACAAUUAAUCCCCACCACAUCAGACAGGGACUGGGAUGCCACGGCCAACUGGGGUCUCGAAUGAGGGAAAGAAUUUUUUUUUUUAAUCUUUAUAUGUAUUUAACUAGGUUUAAUAUUAAUCAGUGUUGUUACCUUUUCCUACCCCCUCCCCCAAUCACAUGUGGAUGUUGAUGGAGGUGUAUCAUUGAGGUUGGUCUCAGACAAAGAAGGUCAGUGGAUUCAUGACUGUUGGAAAGUAAUGAGAGAUGACCAAGAGGGGUGUAAUUCUAGUGUAUUGUUUUGAAUGGAAGCGGACAGGUUUUCCAUGGAGAUCUAAUCUGUUAGUAAGUUUUUCCAAGAUGCAAUAUGUAUGGUGUUCCUUGAUUCCCAGUUCAUGAGGAUAGUUUUCUUGGCGAUAGUUAGAGCCACUAAGAGUAAUUGACUGUUUGUGUUGUUUAAAUUGAUUAUGGAUGUGUAGUGUAAGCAGGUUUCUGAAGUAAAUCCCAUGCUAAACAAUUAAUAAAUUAGAUGUUAUUGCAGAUUUGUGUCCAGAAAACAGCAUCAGGGGUAAUGGAUAAGUAUGAUUCCCAUUUAGCAUUUGGUAAGCUUAAUGUUUUGUCUGAUUUUGAUAUUAUUCUGUAUAUUUUGGAGAGUAAUUUUUGAGGACAUAUUAGCUCUGAUAUUGAAGGGGAAAGGUUUAGGUUACUGGUCAGACUGUCGAUUUUAGAUUGGAUAGAUGAUUUGAUUUGUAAGUAUUCCAAAAAACAUUUACUCCCGAUGCCGUGUUUCUGGACCAAGUGAGAAAAUGGUGCCAGAUUAUUAUUAUGAAAGAUAUGUUGAAGUUAAGGAUAAAGUGAAUUUGUAAAGAUGAAGUUGUGUGAUGCCCUUUUCUGCCCAUGUGCAUAAGUUGAGUGGCUUCUUAUUAACUGUAAAAUCUGGGUUAUUCCAAAUGGGGGUGAAUUUAGAUGGUGCAAGUUGGUUGUUUGUGAUUUGAUGAAAUUUCCACCAGGCUGUCAGAGCUGAUGCUAUUGUUGGUGUUUUAAAACAGGGGUGUUUUUUUGAUUGUCUGACUGUAAAAGGGUAAGUCUGAAAUGUGAAUGUCCUUAAAAAUUGUUUGUUCAACAUCUAACCAUGUGUUUUCUGAUGGGUUAGGAUGGAUCCAUUUGUACCUAUUAUGAAGCUGAUUGGCCAGAUAGUAGUGGUAGAAAUGCGGUGCUUCUAGUCCACCUUGUGUUUUUGGUUUCUGUGGGGUAGUCAAUUUAAUUCUUGGGGUCUUAUUUUUCCAGUAGAAUUUAGUAGUGAUUGAGUCUAGUGAUUUAAACCAGGUGAGGGUGGGUUGUGUUGGAAUCAUUGAGAAUAAAUAGUUUAGAUUAGGGAGUAUAGUCAUUUUAAUUACUGAUAUUCUGCCCAUAAUUGAUAGUGGUAAGUUCAUCCAGCAUUGAAGAUCAUCAUUGUUUUGAAUAGUAAAAUUAAGUCCAAACAGCUCGGCCGGCCUGGAGGAAACAUUAAUCCCUAAGUUUGUGAUGUGAUUGGUGCAUAGAGGGAUAGGUGGUGCCUGGGAUGUUACUUCCAACCUGUUGGAAUGUAAUGAAGGAUUUACUCCAGUUAAUUGAGUAUUUGAAAUAUUAGAGAAUGAAUCAAUGAGUUUAAUCAUUUCUUGUAAUGAUGAUGGGGGUCUUGUAGAUACAGUAAUAAAUCAUCAUCCUAAGUAUUUGAAUUCGUUUAAUGUAGCUAUUUUGAUGAAUAGCUGCUGCUAACUGUUCAUUGAAAAUGGUACAUAGUGAAGGGGAGAGUGGGCAUCCUUGUCUAGUCCCCUGGUGCAAUGUGAAGCUACGUGACAUUCUGGAUGGAUUAUAGCAAUGAUUUUGCAGAUGAUUUUAAUGUCUACAUUAAUUAGAGAAAUGGGACAAUAGCCUGAUGGUAAUGUUGGGUCUUUAUUGGGUUUGAGAAGGAGUCAAAUUGUGGCUGUGUUCAUGUUAGCUGGGAGUUUUGAUUUUUGUUUUGAUUCACUUAUCAUUCAAAUGAAGAGUGGUGAUAAAAUUGACCAUAGGUGUGUGUAGAAUUCAGCAGGGAAUCCAUCAGGACCUGGUUCUUUAUUGUUCAGCAUGCUGCAUCCAUAAUAACUGGGAUUGUUUCUUUUUCCUUAUUUCGCUUUGCCAAAUAUUUACCAGAUUUAUUACUGUGAUGAAAGUCUUCUUGUCUUAGCCUGUGUAUCAGGAAUUGGAUAUUUUUAUUGAUGAAUUCAUUUAGUUUGAAUUUAUAUUUUCUAAAUUUAUUCUCUGUUUAUUCUGUUGGGUUAUUUAUAUUGAUGUCUUCUAGUUGUUUGAUUUUUUUUUGGUCCAGUUCUGCUUCUUGUUCCUUUUCUUUCAUUUUGCCUCUUAGUACUGCUUUUGCUGCUUCCCACAGAAGAGUCGGAGAUGAGACUGGAGUGUCAUUCAUUAAUAGAAAGCAUGCCCACUCUCUUAUAAAAUAACUGUCAAAUUCAGCGUCUUUCAGAAGAGAUGUGUUAAAGCUUUAUCUGGUAAUGGGUUCAUGUGGACUAUUUAUAUUCCAUUUUAAUGUUACCAGGGCAUGGUCUCUAAUGGUUAUUGGAUGGAUCUUUGAAUCAGAAAUAUUUGAUGUGAUAGAAUUACUGGUGAGAAAGAAAUCAAUGUGGGAAUAUGAGUGGUGGACUGGUGAGAAGAUUCUUUAACAUUUGGAUGCUGUAUUCGCCAACUAUCGCCAAGACCAAAAUCACUUAUGAACUGUUUUGUAGUUUCUGCAGAUUGCCAAAUGCGUUUAUUGCUCAAACUAUUAGAUCUAUCUAUUGUUGGGUCGAGAGCUGCGUUGAAAUCACCUGGUUUUAUGACAGGACAGUUAGAAAGGUUUGAAAUGGAGGGGAAAAAAAGUCUGAAAAAAAGACGAGUCAUCUGUGUUUGGGCCAUAUAGAUUACCAAUUGUGACUAGGCUAUUAUUAAUUGAAACGUAUAAUGAAAUGUCCUUUGGGGUCUAUAAUGGUGGUGUUAUUAACAAAUGAGAUGUUUUUUAACUUAAAAUGCAUACACCUCUUUGUUUUGUGUUGUAGUGAGACGAAAAUUAAUGAUUGUACUUUAAUUUAAUUUUGUUGUAUUUUAAUUUUAAUUUAAUUUUGUAAUAUCUGAUUCUGAUUCUUUCUGUUUCUUGCAGAAGGCACAUGUCAGCUUGUAGUUUAUUUAAAAGCUUCAAAACUUUGAUCUUCUUUGUCUGAGAACCAAAUCCACAAAUGCUCCAGGUUAGAAAAGUGAUAGAUGAUAUGUUUUUAAUGAGGAAAUGGAAAAUAAACAUAAAUGUAUAUCAAUGUCUGAGCAUGUUAGUACUGUAUAUGUAUAAGUUUGAGUGUAUAAAUUCAUGCAGUUAUGGCAGUGUGUAUAUGUGUGUGCAUUGCGUAUUGCUCACUGAAUCCGUAGUUUGGGCCUUUAAGUUGUCUGUAUUGCCUCAGCUCUUUUUGUUUAUGGUGUCGAACCAGCUCUUUUUGUUUAUGGUGUUCAAAUUAGAAAUAGAAUGAUUUCUACUCAGUAAUUGUCACUUGGAAAUGGUAUUUGUGCACAAAUAAAAAUCAUGUGAAAGGUU